GAUCCCCACAGAGCAGCCUCGACUGCCGUAUUCAAAGAUCCCAGCGCUCCCAGUUCCUGCUUCCGCCGCAGCCUUUCUACUCAAUUUUCUGGAGCAACACAUCUCGGCUGCCGUUGCGUCAGACCCGGUCUCCGCAGCCCCCGGUCGGAUGCCGCUGGAAGCCGGUGUAUCAUGUCAAGGACACAACGCCAAUAAAAGAAUCCUGUGGGACUGGAAGGAAACAACAAGGCGGUGUGGGACCAGCUGGUCAACACGGAGCUGGGUGGAGGGGAGGAGACACCAAUCAGGCCGUCAAAACACAGACAUCAGAGCAUGCUAGCCAUGCUUUAGCACACGCCAGAAAGGCUGGUUGAUCGCUGGAGAAAGCACCCGCUGCCUUUUCUUACACACUCUUGAGCCACAAACGCACGCAUCUCCCUCUCUUCUGUUAUUUACUGUACACCAUCCGUGCAAAGAUGCCGAUGCCAAGGUUGGCUCUGUGGCACUUGUGGUGACAGGGCACAGAGUGUGCACAUCCGGCAGGCAGGCCAGUGGGUCGUUGGGUGUACAGGCACACCAAAACGCAUUUCUGGGUGGGCGAGGUUGCACCAUGCGGCCCUGGGCGGGUUCAUGGCGUUGGAUUACCCUGGUGCUGUUGGCCUGGGGCACGCUCCUCUUCUACAUCGGUGGGCACUUGGUGAGGGACAGCGAGCACCCGGAGCGGUCCAGCCGGGAGCUCUCCAAGAUCCUGGCCAAGCUGGAGCGGCUCAAGCAGCAGAAUGAAGACCUGCGGCGCAUGGCCGAAUCGCUCAGACACCUGAAUGAGCCCAGGCCUGGCUUUGAGAAACCUCAACAUGCCAGCUGGAUCACUGAGAUUGAAACCAGUUGCGGCCACACCAAACAGAUGCUGCUGCCUCUUCCAGACCUGAACUCCCAUCGACCCAGCCGUCGCUCAGGCCCGGCAAGGGAAGCGGCGAUGACGGCAGAGCCGUGGCGUCGGAUGGGCAGGGUCAUGCGUGUAUGUGCCACUCUAAGCAGCGGUCAGAGGGGCAGGGAAGCUGUCAGGCCCUGGGCCCACUCAGGGGAGCUGCGGAGGACGGUGGAGAACGGCGUUAAGGAGUUCUGGUACUUUGUUCGCAGCGAGGUGAAGAAAUUGGCCAACGCCGAGCUCAGCGAGAGGCAGAAGUACACCGAUACGCUCCUGCAGGACCUGGGACACCAGGAGAGGUCCAUCAUGACAGACUUGUACUACCUCAGCCAGGCGGACGGAGUGGGCGAGUGGAGAAUAAAGGAGGCAAAAGACCUCUCGGAUCUGGUCCAGAACAGAAUCACCUACCUACAGAACCCUCCAGACUGCAGUAAGGCGAGAAAGCUGGUGUGUAACAUCAAUAAGGGCUGUGGUUAUGGCUGCCAGCUCCACCAUGUCGUCUACUGCUUCAUGAUCGCUUAUGGCACCCAGCGCACGCUCAUCCUGGAGUCCCACAACUGGCGCUACGCCCCCGGCGGCUGGGAAACCGUCUUCCUGCCCGUCAGUAACACCUGCACCGACCGCUCCGGGGCCACCACUGGACACUGGUCAGGAGAGGCCCACGAUAAGGACGUCCAGGUCGUGGAGCUGCCCAUCGUAGACAGUCUCCACCCUCGGCCCCCCUACCUGCCCCUGGCGAUCCCCGAGGACCUGGCCCCGCGCCUGCACCGUCUGCACGGCGACCCCUCCGUCUGGUGGGUGUCCCAGUUUGUCAAGUACCUGGUGCGACCACAGACGUGGCUGGAGAAGGAGAUCCAGCAGACCACCGCCAAGCUGGGCUUCAAACACCCCAUCAUCGGAGUCCAUGUGAGGAGGACGGAUAAAGUGGGGACGGAGGCGGCUUUCCACCCCAUAGAGGAGUACAUGCUGCACGUGGAGGAGCAGUUCCAACAUCUGGCCAGACGCGUCCACAUCGACAAGAAACGAGUUUACCUGGCAACUGACGAUCCCUCCCUGCUGCAGGAAGCCAAGACCAAGUACCCAGACUAUGAGUUCAUCAGCGAUAACUCCAUCUCGUGGUCGGCGGGCCUUCACAACCGCUACACUGAGAACUCACUGAGAGGAGUCAUCCUGGACAUCUACUUCUUGUCUCAGACCGACUUCCUGGUCUGCACCUUCUCCUCACAGGUCUGCCGCGUGGCCUAUGAGAUCAUGCAGACGCUGCAUCCAGACGCUUCCUCCUUCUUCUAUUCCCUGGACGACAUCUACUACUUUGGAGGUCAGAACGCCCACAACCAGAUCGCCAUCUACCCCCACCAGCCGCGCAACAACGAGGACAUUCCCCUUGAGCCCGGAGACGUGAUCGGCGUGGCCGGCAACCACUGGGACGGAUACUCCAAAGGCAUCAAUCGCAAACUAGGCCGCACUGGCCUCUACCCUUCCUACAAGGUCAAAGAGAAAAUCGAGACCGUGAAGUACCCGACGUACCCCGAGGCAGACAAACUGCUCAACUCUCAAAAUAAGUAAAAGAAGAAAUGAAAAAAAAUAAAAGAAGAGAAGGCGUGAGGAGAAACACGCAGACUCCGAUUCCAGGGAAGGAGGCUGCUUUUGUACAGAAUAGAGAGGCGUACUUAGUGCGCUAAGCUGCGAAGAAAAGAAGAAGCCUGUACCCAGGGGUGAUGGGAAUGAGAAUGCACUCUGUGUGUUUAUGUGAGAGCGUGUGAGUGUGCGUGCGUGCGUGCGUGUGUGCGUGUGUGUGUGUGUGUGUGUGCGCGCGAACGUGUGUGCGUGCGCACUUGUGUAAAUGCCUGUGCAUAUGUCAGGUUAUGGAAGACUUGCACCCUACCACUACUCCCCCUGCCCGAUGCUCUGGCGUCGGGUCUGUAGAGAUGUAGACGUGAACAUUGAUUUUAAGUAAAGCAAGAAAACAAUUAAAAUCUUCACAACUGACCGAGCUCGCUCUCCCCAGACGAGACUGGGACUACUGUAAGACUCGCACCCCAGAGAGAGCUUUGAAUAACUGACUGAAAAAAAAGAUGACAAACUGGAAAAAAAAGUCUUUUUUGAUUUUUAUUUAAUUCCUUUCAGUGGUUCUGAUUCUAAUCUUGCCUCUUUUUUCAUUUUUUUCUCCUGUUUUUGUUUUUUUGUUUACUGAAUGUACUGUAUCCUCUUCUUGCCAUGUUCACCGCUGCCCCCCCCAUCGACCCCCUCCCCCUGCUCCCGUCACUGUGCUUUCGCCAUUUUGUCUCUACAUGUGCAAUUAAUUUUAAAAUACCAUAUUGUGCUUUUAUCGAGUGUUUUUAAACGGUCUUAAUUUCGUGCGAAUGGGGCUUGUGCAUUGUAUACUGUACAGUGUGUGUGUGUGUGUGUGUGUGUGUGUGUGUGUGUGUGUGGAUGGGUGCGUGCGUGCGUGAUCAAGUGUGCCUGUGUGUGCUGUUUAAGUCUAAGGGGCCAUGUCACGACCUGGUGCCUGAUUAAUGGUGAGCAGUGUGUUUUUAUUUCUGGCUUUCCUCCUGACUGAGUAGUGUUUGUGUGGCCAGCGAGGGACUGGCAGUGACAGUGGGGACUGUCCCCCCCCCCCCCCCCCAUCUCCCCAAAGCACUUGGAACAAUGGUGAACUCUAGUCACUCCGCUGGUGACCUCUAGUGAACAAUGGUAAGAUUAUGUGGAGUGCGGGGGGAACUCAUGGUGACACACACACACACACACACACACACACAGGAGCCGUCCCGAGGCUCACCAAAAGAAGCACUCCACUGAGAUAAUGUCCUUUUCGGCAUCUCUGCUCUCUUCUGUCCAUCUGUUUGUUUUUUGUUUUUUUUUUACUUUUAACAUUGCUGUUUUAAAAUAAAUGAGGAAAAAUAUGCCUAUGUUUAAAAAUGAUAAUGCUACGUCAUAUCAAACUCAGUCCCCCCCUCCCUCAUCAUGAAGGCUUUUUUUUUUCAUAACUUAUGUUCUUGGGCAUUGUCUUUGAUAACCACAGAUCGAAUAAACUUGAGAAACCAACA